AUGGCUUACGUCCCCGGCUAUGCUGACUACCCUGAGGAGAUGCUACUUCAGGACCAAGCUUCACACAUUUCCUCUGGAUGGGUCACGCGCACGACGGACGUGUACAGCCACGGGGGCUUAGCCAGCUCACUGGCGCACUUCAGGGCCUUGCCUGAGGGGGUGCGAGCACUAGUGGAGGCAGCAGGGUUCGGACCCUUUGUACAGCUGCUGACGGUGGUGAGGGUGGACCGGGCUGUGCUUACAGCGCUAGCGGAGAGGUGGUGGGAUACCACCAAUACCUUCCACUUUCGGUUCGGGGAGAUGAUAGUGACGCCACUCGACUUCGCGGCGAUCACAGGGCUCAGGGUUGGAGGAGACCCGAUCCCUUACGACUCGAGUCUGGUGCUGGACGAUGCGGCUCUGAGGUGGUUCCUUGGGCGAGUGCCACGCCAUAGCGAGGGGAUGGCAGCUUACGGGCAGUUCGUGGAAUACUGGGACCACGAGCCUGCGACCGACGAGGAGGUGGCCCAGAUGCCCCGGGCAUACUUGCUAUACUUGUUCGGGGCUUCUCUGUUCCCGAAUAGGCGUGGUCGGGCGGGACGCUUCGACUGGGGAGGUGCUGCUCUGUGCACGCUCUACAGUCUCCUUGGAGCUGCUUCUCGCGGGGUUGGAGACACAGUUGGAGGGUACUGGCGGGUGUUUGAGCUUUGGGCUUACGAAGUUCUCGGGAUGUUCCCACCCGAGAAUACUUGUACGGACCCGAACUUACUUCCCCGCGGCUUAGCCUGGGGUAAGGCGUACCGGAGAGCGAAGGAGCGACGAGGGGAGGUGAUGACUUUCCGGUGCUGGCUGGAUAACUUGACAGGGGUUGUGGUUCGCUGGGACAGGUGGGCGGGGAUGGAGGCUGACUUCCUUCCGAGGAGUCGGGAGGUGACACGGAGCAGGGUCCUACUGGAGUGCCCUCUAGGCUGGCAGUGGUACCUGGGGGAUCGAGUGACUCGACAAUCACUUGGUCAUCCAGCGUUCGUGGUUCCUGGGCUGCUUCCCCCACGCGUGCAGAGGACUGAGUCCUACAUUCGUGCUGAGCUUGAGCUGUUCACCGUGCCGGACACGGAUCUGGAGAGGCACCUUCGACGCUCUUUGGACUACGUAGCUUAUGCAGAUCGGUACUUGGCGAGGAGCCUAGGGGUGGAGGAGGAGUUCGAGAGACAGGUAGCUGCAAUGGGAGUUUGGAGGGACGAGAGUGGAGCGCGGAGCGCGGAGCCGCGGUGGUCGCUUUGCACGGGGUCGGGGACGAGGUGCUAG